AUGGGGAAGAAAGAGAUACAGCAGCUUUCCUUUGACAAAUCCUGCUGUGGAGCACCAGUCCAUUUGCUUAUUUCUGCUGUCAUAAAAUUAAUACAGGCUGUUUCUUCCAUUUUUUUUCUGGCACAGCAGAAAAUCUUGAAUGUUCUCUGUGUGCACUGUCUUCUAACUCAGCUAUUUUUUGGAACAGCUCUUCUUGUGAAGCCUCAUACUCAGCCAGCCUUUUCUACAUUUCAGCCUGAUUUUUGCAGUUUUAUCAGUUCAUCAGAACAGCUAGAUGAGGUUGGUGCGCUGGUGUUCGACAUUGGAUCCUUUUCUGUACGGGCAGGCUAUGCAGGAGAAGAUUGUCCCAAGGCAGAUUUCCCUACAACGGUGGGGCUCCUCGUCCAUGACGAAUCAUCAAUGGAGAUUGAUGGGGAGAAAGAGAAGACUGGGAAGACCUACUACAUCGACACCAACUCUCUCCACGUUCCCAGAGAAAACACAGAGGUUAUCUCGCCUUUGAAAAAUGGAAUGAUUGAGGACUGGGAUUGUUUCCAAGCCAUUCUGGAUCACACAUACAACAAGCACGUGAAAUCUGAACCUAAUCUGCACCCUGUGCUGAUGUCUGAGGCUCCUUGGAAUACACGGGCCAAACGAGAAAAGUUAACAGAGUUAAUGUUCGAGCACUAUAACAUUCCUGCCUUCUUCCUAUGCAAGACUGCAGUUCUAACAGCCUUUGCAAAUGGACGUUCCACUGGCCUUGUUCUUGACAGUGGUGCUACUCACACAACUGCUAUUCCUGUACACGAUGGCUAUGUACUUCAGCAAGGUAUUGUAAAGUCCCCUCUAGCUGGAGACUUCAUCUCCAUGCAAUGUCGAGAGCUUUUCCAGGAAAUGAAUACAGAAAUGAUUCCUCCAUAUAUGAUCACAUCCAAGGAAGCUGUCCGAGAAGGUGCACCCCCAAAUUGGAAGAAGAAAGAAAAGCUUCCUCAAGUUACCAAGUCCUGGCACAACUACAUGUGCAAUGAGGUGAUUCAAGAUUUCCAGGCAUCUGUACUCCAAGUUUCAGACUCUCCAUAUGACGAACAGGUAGCUGCACAGAUGCCCACUGUUCAUUAUGAGAUGCCAAAUGGCUACAACACAGAUUAUGGGGCAGAGAGGCUACGAAUCCCAGAAGGCCUGUUUGACCCAUCGAAUGUGAAGGGCCUGUCUGGAAACACAAUGCUGGCUGUUGGACACGUAGUUACUACAAGCAUUGGGAUGUGUGAUAUUGAUAUCAGACCGGGCCUGUAUGGAAGUGUAAUUGUGACUGGUGGCAACACAUUACUACAAGGAUUUACAGACAGACUGAAUAGAGAGCUUUCACAGAAAACUCCUCCUAGUAUGAGGCUGAAGCUGAUAGCCAGCAACAGUACAGUGGAGCGUCGGUUCAGUUCUUGGAUUGGAGGGUCCAUCUUGGCCUCCCUGGGUACUUUUCAGCAGAUGUGGAUCUCCAAGCAGGAAUAUGAAGAAGGAGGAAAGCAGUGUGUAGAGAGAAAAUGUCCAUGAGAAGACAGACCACACAGCCUUUGUUGUAUUUAUGUUAUUUAAGAAAAUUGAGCUAUGUUUGUGCACCACAUCAUACUUUUUUAUUUAAAUGAUGCUGUUCUUAGAGAUGGACCAAUCUGUGUUUAGAUAGUUUAAUACCUUUCACAUACUCUGUUAACUUUCAGGGAGAUGCUCUUCCUCUUAACUUACAUUUCUUACCAUGUCUUACAGGAGGCCUCCCCAUUAAAAAAAAAAAAAAAACACUUUAGUAUCGUGUCCAUGUUAUGAUCAGUAACAGCCUUUUGAUUUGCACAUAUCCAUUCACUCUGCAGUCCUCCAUUUUAAAUUUUGCUCACACUUUAAGAAGAUAAUCAUGAGACCGGUGCUCUAUGUCAUGUUUCUAGAGUAGAAUGCUACAUAGGCAUCUGCAUUAACUUUGGUGGUAUCUUUGCCAGUAUUUACUUACCUAUUGAAUAAUUGUCUUCAGAAUUCUUCACAACAGUUGUUAUGAGCCAGUAUCUUGUCAUCCAGUGCAAAGAAAUUCAGUUAAAAGCAAAAGCAGUCAAAAUGCUCAUCAUUUCUUUCCCACCAUAUUGAAGAAAGAAAACUAUGAACCUAGAAAAGAGCAAAUAAUUAUUUUCAUUAAGACAGGCAAAGGUGGGAUAGUAGACCUGCAUGAAAUGGUUUUAUUGCAGUAGUUGCCUGAACGAUAGUCUUGCUUUCAACAUUCUGCCAGUUGACAGGUUCUUACAUGUUAACAAAUUCUGAACAGUGAAAACUUGUGAAAGAAAAGAAACCUCAGAACUUGGCGACCUGCUAUGACAAAUUCUGCUUUGGCUGUGAACUGUGUUUCAAAAUUGUAGUGUUUAAUGAAGGUGUAUCUGUUGGCAUAAACUUCAGCAGUAGGGACAUUUGGAACUACUCAUACUAAAACAUUUGAUGUAUUUAUUUAUCUGUUUGUUAACUGGGUACGUGAUUUGGUUGUUAACAGAUCCUUUUCAGCUAGUAAUAAGGGCAAGGAUAAAUAAAAAAGAAAAUACA